GGGGGCCAGGAGGUGAGGGGGUUUGAAAGGAGAGAGAAGGGGAGGGGAGGGGGCAGGGCAGGCCGGGGGCCUUAGCCCCUCCCCAGGCCCAUCAGGCCACCCUCGGCCUUGGGUGGCUGUAUAAGGCUUGGGGGGAGGAGAGCCUCCCUUUGGAGAUUCAGAACUGACCAGGCCAUGUGUUCCCGGGGCUGCUGGCUGGGGCUGCCGCUGCUGCUGACCGCCAUGGCCGGAGGCCAGGGUGGACCGGGUAGCCCGGCACCCCAUCGGGUCAAGAGAGGCUUCACUUACCCCGGCACCCUGUGGUGCGGGGCAGGAAACAACGCGGAGAGCUACGAGCAGCUGGGGGAGUAUGUGGAGACAGACCGAUGCUGUCGGGCCCAUGACCAGUGCCAGCACGUCAUCCACCCCUUCGCCGUGGGCUACGGCCAUCACAACUUCCGCUGGCACACCAUCAGCCACUGCGACUGCGACGAGAGGCUGAAGGAGUGCCUGCGGCAGGCGGAUGAUGACGCGUCCCGCGCGGUGGGUCAAGCCUUUUUCAACGUCAUCCGGGCACCCUGCUUUGAGCUCACCCCCGAGGAGCAAUGUGUGGAGCGCUACUGGUACGGCUGGUGUAAGAACUACGGCCCCGUGCCCCGGGCGGUGCUCCGGGAGCCCAUCCUCUACGAGUUUGGGGCAGGCCUCCUCCACGUCCCGUCCCACACAUCCCCACCCGCCGCUCCUGGCCCUGGGAUUCCCACCCGGCAGGCUCUGCCACCAGCGUGGGAUGGCAAGGCUGCCAAGAAGGGGAGGAAGAAGAAAAAGGAGACAAGGAAGAGGAAGAAGGGCUCUUUCCCUACAUGGCACCCAGGCCCAGGCCUGCAGCUGGCCAAGGAGUUGGCCAGCAAAGCCUCGGGGCCCAGAGCCUGGAAGCCUGAUCGGGGCGGCAAGGAUCCCAGCUUUGAUGUCCUUCUAGAUGAGCCCAAAGCCGAGGGGCCGACAGAAGCCGAGACCUGGGCCCGACCACACAGGGGACGGAGGAAGGGCCAUCGAAGAAAGCUGGCCUCCCCUCUCCAAGCCUGAGCCGCUGUGAGGGUGGGGGAGGAGCGUGCAGCCUCAGCCUGGCCCCCGCCCAAGGCGCCUCCUCCUUCGCUCCUCAGCUGGCAUCGGCUGGCAUCGGGCUGCUGUAGCCAUGGAGGCGAGGCCAGUGUCUGCUGGAACUGGAGGAACUGAGAGGAGGGCCGGGUGUGAGUGGAAUCGGGAUGAUUCCUUCAAUAAAGAGCCUGUGGGCAGAGUUCC